UAAGUUUUUAAAAUCUUCAUAUCUUUCUUAAACAUCUUGCAGAGUCGAACAAUAAAGAUGAAAUCCUAUCUGGUGCAAUCAAUAGGCCAUAAUUGUAUGGACAUAUAUACUAAAAGCAAAAGGUUUCCAAAUUCUUACUCCAAACUCAUUGGGGCUCAAGGCCCCAAAAUAUAUAGAACAUGCUUGAUUCACUGCUGGUGCCAGUAGUUUAUACCCUGCUCUCAUCAUACAACAUAUCCAGUGUAGUCCCGUAAGUGGGGUCCAGAAAGGGUAGUGUGUAUGCAACCUUAUCCCUACCUUGUGAAAUAUAAAGAGAUUGUUUCCAAUAGACCCUCGGUAACACGUAUCCUCAGCAAUUGUUGUAUUCUUAAAAAUAGUCACCAAAAGUGGAAGCAGAUAUGGUCAGGAUUAGACAUGGGCUGCCAUGCCCAUGAUAUUGCAGAAAAAAGUUACAGAAUUGGAUAAGCUUUUUUAAUUUCAGAAUGGGCCUUUUUGCAUCUUAUCCUUAUCACCAUUUCAUUCAAGAUGAAAAGAUCAGUAAUUUGAGACAAACCAGAGAAAACACUUACAAUUAUGGCUGCUUUUACUAUUACUUCAUUUACACAUACACCUUGCACCUCCCAUAACUUCAAGAAGAAACAAUGGCCUCGUCAAGCCAAGUCGAUGAAGAUUACUAACGUUAUGACUCCAAAAGUCGAAGAACAAACACACUUAAAUGUUGUUGAAAUCAAAGAUAAAUCUUCUUUGCUGAUUGAUGAUAAUACAAAGACCACAAGGAAUGAUGAUGAAGUGCAAGGUGAUACUACUACAGGUUCAUCAGAGUCUGAAGAUCUAAUAAGGUUUUCGGAUAAGCGAUGGAAGAAUGGGACAUGGGAUCUAAAUAUGUUUGUCAAAAAUGGCAAAAUGGAUUGGGAUGCUGUCAUAGUAGCUGGUAAAAUUACAAAAGAACAAGUCUUUCAAUUACUAAAUCACCGCGAUUUUUCAAGUGAAUUAAUUUAUUCAUUAAUUAACGGUAUGUACGUUGCAGAAGCAAAGAGAAGGAAAUUUCUUGAACUAUUCCCAGAAGCAGCAACAAAUCAACAACCUGUUGUCUUUAGAAGUUCUAUCAUACCAUGGUGGGCAUGGAUGAUGCAUUCUCACCUCCCUGAAGCUGAGCUACUAAAUGGAAGAGCAGCAAUGGUGGGAUUUUUCAUGGCGUAUCUAGUGGAUGUACUAACGGGACUUGACGUAGUAGGCCAAAUGGGAAAUUUCGUGUGUAAAACUGCUCUUUUGGCAACAGUUGGAGGUGUAAUUUUGUUUAGGAAAAGGACAGAUUUUGAUAAUUUAAAGAAGUUGGCUGAUGAAGCUACAUUUUAUGACAAGCAAUGGCAAGCUUCAUGGCAAGAUCAAACUUCAUCUAAUGGCGAUUUCAAGCAACAGAGAAAAAAAUAAGACUAAUUGAGUUGUUGUAUUUGUAUUUGUCACACACCAUGAUUCCCUACUUAUAUAUCACAAAUAUGUUAUAUUUGGAUGAUACAUUUAAAUAUUGAAAUUGUUUCAGAA